UUCAGAUAUAAUAGACCUCUUUUGCUUUUUGUGAUACUGAUAUAUCAUGCUUUUUUUCAUAUAUGAAUCUUACAAUUGAAGCUGAAUUUGACUAUGAAUUGCCAUGAAUUCCCCCCAAUUUUGUUUGUGAAAUCAUUUUUGAAAUCUUGUGUAACAUUUCAUGAUUUAUGCAGAUUUGAGCAUAUGAACCUAAACAGUGCUCAGAUGGAAAAUGUAUCAAAUGCAGAUGAGAAUGAUGAUGUGGGUUAUCAUCCUUCACCUUCUUCAGUGGAUCAAAAUGAUCAAUCAUCUACAGAAACUCCCGGGUGUUCGACGCUGAGCGGCGAUUCUUUCACAUACUGCAGAACUUAUUCAGAGACCUCUGGCUUCUCAGAGCCCACUGAUGAUCAGAACAGCUGUUCUGACACAGCCUCUCCUUCGUGUUGGCCGGUCCCGAAAUCUCCCCAUCAGUCUGUUCUCUCAAGGUUUGGAAUGAGGAACAUGCACAAGCUUGAAGGGGACAAGAAGCCUGAUGAUCAAGAGGCACUAGAUAUAGAGCUUGAAAUGAUGAAGGAAAGAUUUUCAAAGCUUUUGUUGGGUGAAGACAUGUCUGGAAGUGGGAAAGGUGUAUGCACAGCAGUUACAAUCUCUAAUUCCAUAACCAAUCUCUAUGCUUCUGUGUUUGGCCAACACCUGAGGUUAGAACCUCUUCAUCCUGAGAAGAAGUUAAUGUGGAAGAGAGAAAUGAAUUGUCUCCUAUCUGUGUGUGAUUACAUUGUUGAAUUCUUCCCAGCCUCACAAAAUUUAAAAGAUGGGACAGCUCUUGAGGUGAUGACAAGCAGGCCCAGAUCAGAUAUUUAUAUGAACCUUCCGGCAUUGAGAAAGCUUGACGCAAUGCUCCUUGAAAUAUUAGAGACCUUUCAGGACACAGAGUUUUGGUAUGUGGAGCAGGGAAGCAUGUCAGGUAAUUCAACACGAUCUGGCUCAUUUAGGCGGAUUCCUCAGCCCCAGCGUAAAGAGGAGAAAUGGUGGUUGCCUGAUCCGCGUGUUCCUCCUGCCGGCCUCUCUGAGAAGUCAAGGAAGCACUUGCGCCACAAACGUGACCUCGCCAAUCAAAUUCACAAAGCAGCAAUGGCCAUCAAUAGUAGCAUUCUUUCUGAGAUGGAAAUCCCAGACUCAUACAUGGCAUCACUUCCUAAGUGUGGAAAAGCAAGUGUAGGCGAUUCAAUUUAUCGCUACAUGUGUAGCGCGGACAAGUUUUCCCCUGAUUAUCUGAUGGACUGCCUCAAUAUAAGUUCUGAGCAUGAAGCACUCGAACUUGCAGACCGGGUUGAAGCUUCAAUGUAUAUAUGGAGACGUAAAGCGUGCAUUAGCCAUUCGAAACCAUCAUGGAGCAUGGUAAAGGAUCUCAUGGCUGAAACUGACAGGAGUGACAAAAAUCACUUCUUAGCAGAGAGAGCUGAGAGUUUGUUGUUCUGCUUGAAGCAGAGGUACCCUGAACUUUCACAGACAAGCUUGGACAUUUGCAAGAUCCAAUACAAUAAGGACUUGGGGCAAGCAAUCCUAGAGAGCUACUCAAGAGUGCUGGAAGGUUUGGCAUUCAACACUGUUGCUUGGAUUGAAGACGUUCUAUAUGUAGAUAGAUCCACAAGAAGUCAAGUAGUUUAGAAACCACAAAAAAAUUCAAGUUCUUUUAUGUAUGUCUCUAUUUAUAUAGAACAGAAGCCAAAUUGAAGAGCCUAAGAAAUAGGUUUAUUUCUGUGCAUCUGAAGCCUAUCCAAUGUAAUUUAAGAAGCAUCUAACCUAGUAUUCCAGUUCUUGAUACUCUAGUUUCAGCCUUCACAUCUUUAUGAGCAUCUCAUUUUUGCACUACAUAAAUUCAACCAUUGAGAAGCAAAGUAUAUAUGAAGAUGUGUACUAAACAAGACACAAACAGCACUUUUCUUUUUUCAUAGAAUGUGUAUAAGUAGGUGUUGGACAUUCAGUCGAAAUUUCAACAUAGAUUCCAUGUUUGUUUAGACAGAAAAUUUUUCCAGGGAAAUAUAUGUAUCAAUCUUUUUGGGAAGAAAGUA